AGACGUUUCAGAUAUAGUGCGACAGGGUGAUAGUCACCAGCUCAAGCAAAACCUUAGACGAUACAAAUAUGAGUAGUCAGUUCGACGACGAUAGCCGCGACCGAAGCGAGUGUAAAAGCAAGUCGCCCACCGUGCUUUCCUCGUACUGCAUAGACAGUAUACUGGGCAGAAGAAGCCCGUGCAAAGUCAGACAACUGGGAGCGCAAAGUUUGCCAGCACCCGUCAGAGUGGACCACGACCACUCAACUGAAGUCACCUCUAAAGAAAACUCAUUUGACUCGGACAUGCACCUGCCGCCCAAACUACGCCGGCUCUACGGCCCUGGGGGGAAGUACCUGGACUCCGGGAGGGGGUUUCAUGAGCACCUAGAGAAGGGUGAGAGAUUCCUGGACCAAGCAUGUGAGAGUCUCAAAAUCAGCCAGGCACCACAAGUCAGCAUCAGCCGUAGCAAGUCGUAUAGGGAGAAUGCGCCCUUCAACCAGUGUGAUGAAGGCCAAAGCCCCGAGCACACAGCCCAGGAGCUGGUGGAAUUCAGCACUCUGAAGUUUGAAGAGGACGUUGUCAAAGAGGAGGCGUGCGGAGAUGCUAGUCUGUCACCCAAGGAUGAAGAGAGCCUGCACAACGAUGGGGAUGUAAAAGAUGGAGAGGACAGUGUGUGCAUGUCGGCCGGCAGCGACUCAGAGGAGGGCAUGCUUAAAAGGAAGCAGAGAAGAUACAGGACUACCUUUACCAGCUAUCAGCUGGAGGAACUGGAGAGGGCUUUCCAGAAGACACACUACCCUGAUGUGUUUACCAGAGAGGAGCUCGCGAUGAGGCUGGAUCUUACAGAAGCGCGCGUGCAAGUUUGGUUUCAGAACCGAAGAGCAAAGUGGAGGAAACGUGAGAAGGCAGGUGUCCAGGCUCACCCCACAGGCUUACCCUUUCCCGGGCCACUGGCAGCCACUCACCCCCUAAGUCACUACCUGGAAGGAGGGCCCUUCCCACCUCACACUCACCCGGCUCUGGAAUCAGCAUGGACCGCUGCAGCUGCAGCGGCUGCUGCAUUCCCAGGCCUGGCCCCACCACCCAACAGCUCUGCCCUCCCUCCUGCCACAACCCUCGGCCUAGGAACCUUCCUGGGCACAGCAAUGUUCAGGCAUCCAGCGUUCAUUGGACCCACAUUUGGCAGACUUUUUUCAAGUAUGGGUCCUCUUACUAGUGCUUCCACGGCCGCUGCUCUUCUGCGGCAAACUGCACCGCCAGUGGAGAGUCCAGUGCAGUCACCCGCAACCUUGCCAGAACCUUCUUCCUCCUCAUCCUCUAUGGCAGCAGACCGCAGGGCAUCUAGCAUUGCAGCUCUGCGUCUCAAAGCAAAAGAACAUUCAGCCCAGUUGACCCAGCUAAACAUCCUGCCAUCCAGCACUGCAGGGAAGGAAGUGUGCUGAUCCUUCUCCUUAAAAACAAAAAAUAUAUAAAAGAAACCAUCUAAAAAAAGAAAUAAAAAAAAAAAGCACGACCAAAUCCACAUAGCACUAGCACUCUGGAGAUCCAUCCGACAUUGAAGUCAUCACAUAAUCACAGUGCCUCCCAUUGGACAUCCUUACCUAAUUUCACACAGUGAACCAAACAUGUUUGCCCUGUUUAAAAACAGGGUGUAAUAAGAGUGAAAGGUAAGUUAGGCAGACUGUGCUUGGUACGGUCAUUAAACCAACCCAGGUCAGGAGGAAGUGUUGUAAAGAAACAUUUACACACACACACACACAAACACACACACAGAGACAGAGUGAGAAGAAUCAUUGGAACAACCACUGCAAUACACACAGAAUUAAAUCUCUUAGUCUUCUCUCAGUGCUGAAGCAGCGAUGGGUCAAAUAUGCCAAAGGGAACUGCCACAACCUGCGACCCUAACUUGACUUUUAUCAGUCCUGAACCACUCACUCAUGUUUGGCACCAUUAAUGGAAAAAUAACUUCUGAAAAUUGAUACUCAGCUUUCCUUUCUGUUUGUUUCCAACUCUUAUGUUAAAUAUGAUAUUUAGGAGAAAAUAAUGAAAAAAAGAAAAGAAAUGCAUUGUUUUAAGGAUGAAUAGUGGGAAAAUUUUAAACUGAAGACUGUUUACUGAUCUGUUAAGGAUAUCCUGUACAUAGAGCUCUGUUAAAAAGGGAAUGAAAAGGGGACAAAGUACAAGGAAAAAAGUUUAUUUCAAAACAUGUUUUGAGAAUAUGCUCUCGGUGUAGUACUGUAGAAAUGGUUUCGAGUAGAUUCAUCCCAUGUUCUUUUGAUUACAAUUUUAGACUUUUCGAUUAUUAUUUAUGUUUACCUGGUAGAAGGCUUGAAAUUCAGGCCGGGAAGUUUUGCUAUUCAGUGAGUUUUCCCUGUCGCGCACAGAGAACAGUUAAGUUGGAAUAAA